CCUCCUUCGGCUUGAAUAUGUCUACAUAUUUGUAUUCUCUCACGAAGCCUUACACAAACUACUCCCUGAUCUAGUGGCAUACUCAUGGAUCCAAAGUGCUUGCUGGUCUACCUCGCAACAUAGGGAAAAGGAGCAUAAAUACCCGUGCAUCGCAAGGUUGCCUGAGCCUUUGACUGGGCUCACACCAGCGCAUCAUGAAUCUACAAGAAUUCCUAGCUAUGGAGGACAACUGCGACCGCGAUGAGCUAAUUGACCUUCGCGGCCUGGAUUUCGUCUCCGACUACGACUCGCACCUCAUGUGUCCGAUCUGCCACUGCCCCUUCGUCGACCCCGUCCGUCUACAAUGCGACCAUGUCUUCUGCCAGAGUUGCCUCAGUUCGGCCAUCAACACCUUCCGCUCGGCCGAUUCGGAUGAGUUCCCGUGUCCCUCUUGCCGAACCCCCACCCGAGAGGUGUCGACCAGUGUACCCCGCUUGCUGAUCAACAUGUGCGACGAGAUCCGGGUGCGAUGUCCGUUGAUAACGGAGGGUUGUCAUGAGAUCGUGCCCCGGGGUCAUGUCCAGUCGCAUGUUGAGAAGUAUUGUGGGUAUCGGCUGGUUCCGUGUCCGGAUGAUUCUUGCGAUAGGUUGAUUCGUAGUAAGGAUGUUGGGAUAGAUGGGAAAUGCAUACAUGUGCUGCGCCAGUGUCCCCGCUGUGAAGAGGAUGUUAUGGAACAGGAUUAUGAGGAGCAUGACAAGGAUCUUUGUCCUGUUUUAGAGACCAGUUGUGUCGACUGCGAAACAGUUGUCUCUCGGAAGGCAUUCAAGGAACAUGUUGAAGCAUGCCCGGAAGUUAUUGUCCCCUGCGCGGCAGCGAAAUACGCAUGUCCUGUCAAGGUCCGUCGCGCCGACGUCGCAAUGCAUGAGCAAAGCUGUCCGCUGGUCACAAUGAUCCCGUACUUUGAGGUGCAAAACACACGACUCAAUUCCUUGGAAUUAAGUAUGCGACAUCUGCAGCAACGGAACGAGAUCUUCGAGGAUGGGCUCGCCAACAUCCGGUCCACUCUCGUCGAGUCCGCGCGUAUAGGCGCCAGUGCACCCAGUGGACAAUCCAUCAAUUCUGGAAGAGAACAGUCCUCUACCCGCGCCGAAGCAAACACAGAUCCUACGGAUAUAUCCUCGAGUGUAUUCUCAUCCAACGCCACAACCUAUCUACUCUCACUCCACGAAUCUCUACGCGAGGAAGUAGAGCAAAUAAAACACAACCUCACCGACCUAGACGCCCGCGCCAGCAUGUCUCUGAUGAACGAGUGUAUACGCAUGAAGGAAGACAUGGCCCAUACAAAUGCCGCAGUCAACAGUGUCCGGAUGCAAGUGCAAUGGCUUAUGAACCCCCGGCUCCAUGGGACACGUACAGGAGCUGUCCGGGCCAAUACGGGCAAUGAAACUCCUCGAUCGCCGCUACCUACGUCGUCGGCAGCUGGGUCAAGCAGUACUACUGCUCAGUCUCUAGGGCCCCUUCGACCUAGGAGGCCUAGUGAUAGUGGGCGUGAGGGAACCAAGCUAUGAUACUAGACUUGAUGUGUGAUUUUGAGCGAUGCAUUUUUGAUAUGGAUGCGAAGGAGUAUUGGGAUGUUUUUGUAUUCCUUUUAUAGUUAUGACAUGAUGAUUAGUUGUUGGGAGCGUGGCUCUUUAAUACAGUUGGCUGAUAUAGACCG